UCACAGGGAAAGGAAGCGGGAAAGGAUUAAUCGAAACCUGUUUUGAACUCCCUCUUUCGUCUCUUUCCUCCCCCACUCCCCGAAAACAAAGCUCCACCUUACCCACACAUUUUCUCCCAUUUUCUCACAUUUUCCCUCUCAUUUUUCUCGGCAACCAAUCAAAGCCCCAAACUUUUCGCCUUCUCUCGAAUCUUUCCUCCCAGAGCUCAAAACCUUAGGGUUUCCAAAUGAGACUCCAACGCCGCCACAAUUCGAUACGCUCCAAUUCGCUCGACGCAGAAUGAGUAACGGUAAAGAAGACAACAAUGGCGGCGGCAGCGGCGGAGGAGGAUUCCACAGGGUUACAGCAGAGCGUGACCUAAAGUCGAAUUGGGAAGUAGAUCUUGCGCACAAACUCAAGGACUAUUUGUUAAAGAUUUGCUCCGGCGAGAUUCCAACCGGUAACGACGCUCCUAUUCCGGCCAAUUUCGCUGAAGCUGCUUUACUGCUUCAGGGUUCCGUUCAGGUGUAUAGUCGAAAGGUCGAAUAUCUCUAUUCCUUGGUUUUGCGUGCUUUAGAGUUCCUUUCUCGUAAAAGGCAGGAAGAACAAUUAGAGGGGACACCAGAUCAGCCUCAAGAAAGUGCAGCUGGUUCUAAGAAAGUUGCCGAUGAAGAAAAUGAUUUGUUCUGGGACUUAGAUGAUAUACCAGUGGAAGCAAAUAUCUGCUUAGAUUCUACAUUGGAUAGAGACGCUUCUUUGAAUUGUUUUGUGAAGGCCCCAGCAAAUCUAGUUGUGUUUGAAGGUGAUUGCUUAGAUAGUGGUGGUGAUGCCGGGGAAUUGGAAUCGUAUCUGUUGGCCACCAGUGAUCUUUUUCGAGGCUUCAUUUUAUUAGAUCCGUGUGAUGCAACCGCAGUUCAUGAGUAUUUGGAUGGGGAUAAAGAUGGUAUAGGGAAGAACAGUGCUUAUAGGGGAAGCAUGGCUCACAAAAGCUUCCAGUCUCCUACUAGACACUCUGGGGGAGCUUCUUAUAAGUUAUCCGUUAGAAAGAACCAGGAUGCUAAUAUCAAUCCGUCUCCACUGGUUGGUUGCAGCUUUGACGUUAAUCACUCUGACAUUGGGCCUGAUCCUCCUGCCCCCAAUACAUUUAAUGAUAGCAACAAUGGAUUUGAUAUGGAUUAUAGGCAUUCGGAACCUGGAGACUUUGAUGACUUAGAUGAUGAUGAUGAUCCUUGGAGGCCUUUGAAUCCCCAUGAACCUGGAAAUUUGAAAAUCAAACCUUUUAGAAAAGUUAAAGCUCCUAAAAGGAAUGGGGGUGAGGUUAAGCGUGUAUUGAUAUCAACAUUGUUUCCUCCUGCGAGAUUGCAUGGUAUGAUAAGCCAUGUGAUGCGAUAGGUGGAGCAUAAAGACUAGCACAACAUUUAAGAGAUUCAUUGAACGGGCUAGUUCAAUAAGUUGGAGACAUGACAAACACUUGGAGGCCCAUUACAAAACCAAAUCCAAAUGAAGAGAACCUAGUCACCAUGAUUAAGGUUCUAGAAGAUUUAAGUGGAAUGGCAAAGGGCUUAGCAAGGGGAGUCCAUUUUAAAUUAGCCGAAUUGGGCCUAGGGAAAUAUUUGUGGCCGAAUUGGCCUUGGAAUUGUAUAGGUCCGAAUUGGAUUUGGAAUUAGAAUAGGGAUGCCGAGUUUGGGCCUAGACUUAGAUGAUUAAACG